AUGCAUCUGCCCAUUCUUGCAGCUUCGACGUCCCUCCUUGUGGGCGCGGCCUAUGGCUAUGCUUCUCCUGGAGCAUGCUCCGGUGCGUGCAACAUUCAUGACCCGGCUCUGAUCCGCCGUGAGUCCGAUGGGAAGUAUUUCCGCUUCUCGACCGGAAACAAGAUCUCUUAUGCGUCUGCUUCGUCUAUCCAGGGUCCAUGGACAGUGCUAGGGUCCGUGUUGCCGGACGGUUCGUCGAUCGAUCUGCCCGGAAAUGACGAUCUUUGGGCUCCUGAUGUCCAGCUCGUCAACGGUGUUUACUAUGCACUCUAUUCAGUCUCGUCGUUCGGCUCUCAAAACUCUGCGAUCGGCCUCGCGACUUCUGACACCAUGGACCUCAACUCCUGGACGGACCACGGCUCGACAGGCGUCCGAUCCGAUUCCUCAAAGCCAUACAAUGCCAUCGACGGCAACCUUUUCAAUGACGGCGGAAGCUGGUACAUGAACUUCGGUUCAUUCUGGGGCAACCUCUACCAAGCGCCCAUGAAAUCCCCUCCCACAUCUGUCGCCUCCGCAUCAUACCAGAUCGCAUACCAGCCGGCCGGCGAGCACGCUGUUGAAGCCGCAUAUUUGUACAAAUAUGGCAACUACUACUACCUCUUCUUCUCGGAGGGCAAGUGCUGCGGUUACGACACCUCCAUGCCGGCUGCUGGGCAGGAAUAUAAGAUCAAAGCAUGCCGCUCGUCAUCGGCCACUGGUGGCUUUGUCGAUGCAAAUGGUGUAUCCUGCACUAACGGUGGUGGAACUGUUGUGUUGGAGAGUCACGACAACGUCUAUGGUCCCGGAGGCCAAGGAGUUUUCACCGACCCGACCCUCGGUCCUGUGCUGUACUAUCAUUACGUCGAUACCAACAUUGGCUAUGGCGAUGGCCAGAAGCUCUUUGGAUGGAACGCCAUUGACUUCUCAAGCGGAUGGCCUGUUGUGUAA